AUGGCGAUGAUUGUAAAAAUGGCAAUGCUGAUGAUGAUAGAAACAUUCGUCCUAAUUGACCGGACUUUUGCCUACAGAACUAUCCACGACACUGCGAAUUUGCGCGUGAAGGCUCUCAAUAUGACAGGACAUAUCCAAAACGAAACCCACCAAAUGUUGAUAGUUGAGUAUAUGGUUCAUUGUACCACCCAGCCUCUGUGCACGAUAGGAAGUAUUGAGCAAAGCGAUUUGUGUUGUUGUAAACCAUGCUCCUGUGAUGACGCUUGCUUGAUCUCGGGCAAUUGUUGUAUAGAUAAAGCUCUCGCAGAAAAUGGUUUAGACAUUCUGAACCAAAAGGGGAGUCAUUGUGUCUUAUCGCAACUCAAACCUUUCCAAGAAAAUGGACUAAACACUAACGAUCAUUUCCUGAUGAGAGGUCGUUGUCACAAGACAUUUUUGGAUACCAACAUAAUAAUGAUGUGUUACAAUGGACAACUUUCACCGACUAGCGCCAAUUUGACGGAUUACCUUCCUGUGUCGUCUUCAUUGACGGGCGACACGUACCGAAAUAAAUAUUGUGCUUACUGUAAUUGGGAACAAGAUGAUAACUUAACAUAUUGGGAAACAAGUUUCAGUUGUGGAAACAGUGGAUUUGUAUUUCCUCACAAAGCAAGACAGUUGUUGAAUUUUAUUAUUGGGAAUAACGACUGCAAUAUAUUUUACCAUCCUCCAAGCGAAACUGUAUCAUUCCCGUGUAGUGAUGAAACUACCAUGAUCACCGAAUGUAACGUCACUGGUCUUUGGGCAGAUUAUGACAGCAGUAUAGAGUGGACGUGUGAAAACUAUCGUAAUGGCUACAUGUAUGAUUAUACAUUAUACAAAAACGUCUUUUGUUAUAUAUGUAAUACGAUGUCUUCACCAGCGCCACUCUGUCUGGAUGGAUACCAAGGAUUUGCAGGUGGAGGUGUGGCUAAUGGUUUCAAUGGGUUGACAUCUUUCGCAGCAUUGUUCAAUUUUAUAGAGGAUCCGGUGGAUGUACAAGUUCCGGAAACAUCCCCGAUAUGUAACACAGGAUUUCGUUUUGAUACAUUCAAGAAUGUUUGCCGUGAGAUCACGUGUUUACCGCCCUUUACCUACAGACAUGGCGUGUGUGAGAGCGUCUUCAGUCUAAUAGCUUUCCAGAGAUAUGAGAUGUUUCUAAGGUUUCGUAAAUCUCAAUCUUACAGCACGAACUGUGACAUAUGUCCUCGUCUCGCUCCACGUCUCAUCCAGGAAUAUGUGAAAAUACAUUUGAAAAACAUGGGUUAUUAUGAUUCUGUCUGUGGUUUAACGGUCCUGUUUACCAAUGACAGCUGUUCCAGCGAUACAGGUGAUUUAGUACUACAUAUCGAGCUCUCUAUAAGUUAUUUUCACAAUCCCAUAGAUGUGGCAAAGGAUUUCCUAAACUCAUCCGCAUUUCAUCUCGAAUCUGCACCAGGUGCAUUUCUUUGUGUCGAUACCAGACCGGAAGUGCUUGGUGGUAAGUUUUAUGAGUUGGAAGCAGGAAGAGAGGGCUAUGAGUACGUGUACCCAAUAGAUAGAGAUUAUAAAGACCCAUCUAGUGGAGAGAAGAUGAGUGUUGAAAUAUAUCACGAAGCUGUAAACUGUCCCUUCAAACCAUGGGUGGCGCGGCUGGUACCUUCCUUUGUAUGUCCACAUGUCAACCUGUCUUUAAGCGAUUUCAACAUCACAGGGCACACUAACGAGCUCUGUUUUCACAACCCUAAGAAGUGUUUCCAACCAGAUGAGUACACCCUCUCUAGCGAUAUGGUAUCGGUCUUGAUUUGUGAAGAUGACUACUUUGCGUCUCCAAUGACAAGAUACACGCCUCCACCUGAAGAAGACCUGGGCAAGGAAUUGGUGUCUAUUGUGUGUUCCUGCUUGUCGGUGAUUUGUCUUAUCUUAACAUUAAUCACGUAUAUUCUAUUUCCAGUUCUAAGGACACUUCCUGGACUUUUCAAUUUGGCUCUGUGUGUAACAUUGAUUGUCGGGCAUGUCCUGUUUACCUUUGGAGCAGGCGCCGUUCAGACGGGAUCCUUGUGUGAAAUAUUUGGAAUCAUAAUACAUUUUACAAUGUUAGCAGGCGUGUUUCUCAUGAACGUGUGUUCGAUACACAUGUUUCAUGUAUUCAACCAUUUGGACAGACAAUAUGUCUUGACUGAGGAAGAAAAAAAGCGAUAUUUUCUUAUAUCGCUUGUUUAUAGUUACGGUAGCAGUGCAGUGUUCGUGUGUGGCCGAAUCAUCUACAGUGUAGUUAAUACUGGUACGUCUGGUUACGGAAUCCGGAUUUGUUUUAUCAACGAACAUAACGCAUUGUUGUUUACUUUCACGUUGCCUGUUAUGUUGCUUGUUGUGGCAAAUAUCUUCAUGUUCUGUAUUGUGAUAGUAAAAGUUAGUCGUCUGCCGGAUAUGUCCAAGUCUACGUCCUGUCGUCAUCAUCAGAAGCGAUUUUUGAUUUAUGUAAAGCUUUCCACCCUGACAGGAGCGGCAUGGCUCUUUGGCUUUAUCGCUGAAAUUUCACACUUAGAUGUUUUUGUGUACAUAUCUAUAAUUUUGAUAGCUGGCCAGGGUAUACUUAUCAUGCUCUCGUUUGUAUGUAAUAAAAGAGUUUAUAACAUGUAUGUUUCGUAUAAGAAAGGAGAUUCUAGUCCAUCUACAUCGAGGUGCCACACAAUAUUAAGUAACACCCAUUCCAGCAGUUCUGUAUCCAACAAUAAAAUGUCACAUAAAGAGGAGACGACAACAGAAAUAGACAAUGAUAGACACUUUCUUGCUGUGCGAGACAAUGUUCCUGUCGAAUCCAGUACCAGACUGUGA